UUUUGCCAUCUUGCGUUAUGUUCCUUCGAUCUUUCUGGCAGACGAGUCCUUGUUUGUGGAAUAGCCUGACGUGCCGAACUCAAUCGGCAAUUGCACACGCUCCAUCAGCAUAUCUCCGUUCUAACGCCGGCCGCCUACAGACGCGAACCAUGUCUACCCAGAACCAACCACAGAAGUCGUACCACACCAAAGCUACCGGGCUCGCAGCCAAGACUGUUGCCGAUCACUCCGAAGACAACGAUCUGAAGCUGUUUGGUAGUUGCUUUUGUCCAUUUGUCCAGCGCGUGUGGAUCGCUCUGCAAUUCAAGGGCAGUCCGUACCAGUAUAUCGAAGUCGACCCUUACAAGAAGCCCCAAUCCCUGCUUGAGGUCAACCCUAGGGGCCUGGUUCCUGCCUUGCGCCACGGGGACUGGAGUUCGCAUGAGAGCACCGUGUUGCUCGAAUACUUGGAAGACUUGAACGCCGGCCCUCCGCUCCUGCCUCCAGGGGACCCAAAAUUGCGAGCGCAUUGUCGACUGUGGGCUGAUUAUGUAAAUCGCCACAUUGUGCCCACGUUCUACCGCAUUCUCCAAGAACAGGAUCAGGAGAAACAGAUAUCGCAUGCAGAAGAACUCCGUGACUCGUUCAACACUCUGGUUGGCGCGGCUCAUCCCGAAGGGCCGUUCUUUCUGGGCGACAAACUUUCCUUUGUCGACGUACAGGUUGCGCCUUGGAUCAUCCGGCUCCGACGGGUGCUGAAGCCGUAUCGCGGCUGGCCAGACCCGGAAGCUGGUAGCAGAUGGGGUGCGUGGGUAGACGCGAUCGAGAACGACCCCCACGUUGCGGGGACCACAAGCGAUGAUGGGCUUUAUCUGGAUAGCUAUGAGCGGUACGCGGAAAACCGGCCCAACACAUCGCAGUUGGCCAACGCGAUAAAUUCUGGGCGAGGGCUACCGUAGCGUGCGGUGGAUCUCUUCGAAGUCUAAUCGAGCGAAUAAAUAUCUUUGUGCCUGGGGCGUCGCGGCGCUGGC